AUGGGUGAAUUUCCAGUUGUUUGUGAUUUUCCUGAAGUGUUUUCUAAUGAGGUUAGAGAUUUUCCGCCUGAACGUGAAGUUAAGUUCACGAUUGAUUUGAUUCCUGGUGCUAGUCCGGUAUCGAUGGCUCCGUAUCGAAUGUCACCAUCUGAGUUGAAAGAGUUGAAGAGUCAAUUAGAGGAUUUGCUUGAUAAGAGACAACUGAAUAAGGUUAUUAUCAAGAAUAAGUAUUUGCUUAUGAGGAUUGAUUAUUUGAUGGAUCAGUUGAGUGAAGAGGAUCAUGUUGAGCAUUUGAGGAUUGUUUUAUCUGUAUUGAAAGAGAAGCAGUUGUUUGCUAAACUUUUGAAGUGCGAGUUUUGGUUGAAGGAAGUGAGUUUCCUUGGCCAUGUGAUCUCUAGUGGUGGUAUUUCGGUUGAUCCUUCUAAGGUUGAGGCUAUAUCUCAAUGGGAAGCGCCAAAAUCUGUGUCUGAGAUUCAUAGUUUUCUUGGUUUGGCAAGUUAUUAUCGAAAGUAUAUUGAAGGAUUUUCCAAGUUAUCUUUGUUGUUAACGCAGUUGACUAGGAAAGGUCAAGCUUUCAUUUGGACUGCACGGUGUGAAGCUAGUUUUCAAGAGCUGAAGAGGAGAUUGACUACUGCUCCUAUUUUGAUUUUACUGAAUCCAUCAGAACCAUUUAUUGUGUAUUGUGAUGCUUCUUUGAUGGGUUUAUGA